UAUAGAGAUGUGCACCUUAGUUGCAUUCAACAGCAUCAAGAGUUGGUCUACAAGUUGAAAGAAAUCAACUUAAUCUAUUUUUUCACAGGAAGACCUAAUACUCACGGUAAGGGAACCAUGGUUGUGUUGAAGAUCUCUGCUUUCCUUGUUGCUUAUGCUUUGGUUGUGUGUCAGAUGUACAGCUCACAUGCAGCUCCAGCCAGAACUGGGCUUGAGUCUAUGACAGAUCGUGUGACACUCAGUGAUUAUGAAGCCCGAAGGCUACUUAAUGCUUUAGUAAAAGAAUUUGUGCAAAUGACGACAGAAGAACUUGAGCAGCAAGUGACCGACGGAAGCAGCAUUACAGCACAGAAACGGGCCUGUAAUACAGCCACUUGUGUCACUCACCGACUGGCAGAUUUCCUAAGCAGAUCAGGAGGGAUGGGUAACAGCAACUUUGUACCAACCAACGUGGGAGCCAAGGCAUUUGGCAGGCGAAGGAGAGACAUCCAGAUGUAGAAUAGAAAUGACCUUCAGGAACAGGAUCAACACAACUUGACAAGGCAACAUUACAUUUAUUUUGGGUAAACGAAACUCAUGUCUCCAAUCUCCUCCUUUAUAGAAGAAUGGCAUAGAGAAUAGAGGACUGACUUCAUGUCCUCUUGAUGUUAUAAAUAUUUGUUUUGCUUUUGGCAAAGAAAAAAUAGAGCACUUCUGUUAUGUAUAUUACAAGAAAAUCCUGAAUAUAAAUCUAUUCGUUUUUAUAUGCAAAUCUAUUUCAAAUAAGAACAUGAUAGGAUUGAUGAUUUAUUUAUCCUUUGGCAUACAGUACAUAUGUGCAAUGUGAUCCACGCACCUCGAACUUGUCAUGCCAGCACUCUGCAGUAUCUCGGGGAUUACAUUAAAAUUCUGCCUAGCAAGGCUGAUCUGUAAAUUGCUGUGUGUUGUGCCUUGAUGUAAAACACUUCAGAACAUGAUUGUACAGUAUGUUAAAAAAAAAAAAAAAGAAAAAAAACUCAAUAUUGUAACAAUUGUGAAUUUCAGCAAGAUUAAAAAUGUAUUUUAGAUACAGUUGGACUGGAAUACUUGUCUUAUUCCACAGAGAUGAUGUAGAUGGAAGUGACUUUUAUAUGUCUAUGUGAGCACAAGUCCUUGUUCAUCAUUCAACAUGCUGCUUCAUCUCAUCACACUUUAAAAAAAGCCUGCCAGAACUGAAGAAAAGUCACCUGUUCCUUAUUACACACUCCGGGGAAAAAUGAAAUACAGCCCCAUUAACUAGAUGGCAGACCUUUGCUCUCGAAUUUUGGCUUGCCAGUUUACAGGUACUCUUUAACAAGUAGUACUGUUCCUAAAGAAGUCACACCUUCAUAAUCCAGAUAAUCAGAUAAUACCACAACAGGGGUGCUGCCGUUUCUAUUUGCCUGGCAUGUUUAUUACACCACUGAAAGUGAUAUGCAGGGCCCAGGUUAACAUUGGAAUCUACUGCAAAGUUUGUUAAAUGUAAAAAACAUGCUACUUGUGAGAUGAUUCUCUUAAGCUUUAACAUUGCUACUGUAAAUUAAAGCUUUUCAAACACUUCAGAGCAUGUGACACUGACAUGGGUUUUCCUAUUUUCUUUGCUUCUAUUCUGCUAACCUUUUUGGUAACUGGGUGAGUAUGCUUAUAGUUUCAUUGUAGGUCUGAAGAGUUGCCAGCUGUGAUGAAAUAUUACAAUUGCAUUGAAAUAGGGUGGUAGGAUUUUAUUCCUAAAUGAUAUACUUUUGUUUAAAUGUAUAUCCAAGCAUUUUAGCAAUUUAGUGGCAGGACACUAGCAAAGCAAAUGUUCUAUACCGCAGCAUGAGGCAGUGCUAGCACAAGGACUGUAGCUACAAUGGUGUUUGCCUUUGGUUGAAUGGUACAGCAGUGGAAGGGAAGUUAAUUCCAGUCUUUAAUUAACUCCUCUUUCUAUCAAUAGAGGGAAAAUGCCUGUUCAUUUUGCAAAGCAAGAACCCAAUAAAAGUAAUUCAAGAUCUCUUAA